AUGGGAAAAACGCAAAUAUGGGAAAAAGCAAAUAUGGGAAAAAGCAAAUAUGGGAGAAAGCAAAUAUGGGAGAAACGCAAAUAUGGGAGAAAAGCAAAUAUGGGAGAAAAGCAAAUAUGGGAGAAAAGCAAAUAUGGGAGAAAAGCAAAUAUGGGAGAAAAGCAAAUAUGGGAGAAAAGCAAAUAUGGGAGAAACGCAAAUAUGGGAGAAACACAAACAUGGGUGAAAAGUAAAUAUGGGGGAAAUGCAAAUAUGGGAGGAAGGCAGAUAUGGGAGAAAGGCAGAUAUGGGAGAAAGGCAGAUAUGGGAGAAAGGCAGAUAUGGGAGAAAGGCAGAUAUGGGAGAAAGGCAAAUAGGGGAGAAAGGCAAAUAGGGGAGAAAGGCAAAUAG